CCUCCCUCCUCCUUCCGACACUUCGUUCCUUCGUUUACAAAAGGUACUCACGUGACUUAGAUUCCUUAUAUGGAUUAAGCGUCUCGAUAGCGUCCUUUCCGCGCGAAGGACGCAAAUAGCGUUGUGAACUGGAAGGGAUCACCGGCACGUUGGAGAUGUUCGAUAAAGAAGGUCUGGUGACAGCCGUGGUUAUUUUAAUAGCUAUUGUAGCUGUGAUCCUGGUGAUCUUGUUUGGUAAGUGGUUUUUGAUCGUCUAUGGGCGCCUUUUCGUAUGAUCAUGCAAGUGACAGUUGGGAUGCGCGGAUCACAGUUCGAGCCUUUUCGUUGAGUGUGGGGUUAAGUUCCGUUAUGCCCUGUUUAGCUCAAAGGAUUAAUAACUCAAUCCCCGGUAUACAUAAUUUACUACCUUGCUUCACUGAUCUUGAGUUAUGAUCACCGAGGUUGCCACUGGUUAACCAUCAACCGUAGUACAUCACUUUAUAGGGUUGUUUCGAUCGAGAAAAUUGAAUUUCGAUCUUUGCUGCACCCCCCGGCCUCCUUGCCGAAAUGCCAAGCGUAAUUAUCCAGAAGAGCAUGCUCAAGAAUAAUGACUCGUUUUUGUGCUAAAUUUGAUAAAUUUUUGCCUUGCGUGCAUGUCUUUCUCCUUUGGAAGAAUUUUUUUCGUGUCGCACCACAGGGUAACCAGUAGGUUUUUCAAGAUUAGGGAUUAGGGAAUUGGCCUCACCAGAGACUUUGUGCGAAAAUAAUAGCCGAGCGAGAUCUGGGAUUUUAAUUGAAUAAGGAUAUGGGGUUUUAUGAUAGGAGAUUCGGGAAAUGUUGUUGUUUAGUCUGCGGAGUAUGACAAGUGCAUACCUGCCAAGGGUUACGCCUGAGGAGAAAUUGUCACGCCUUCGGAUCGAAAACUUGGAUCUCACUCCUACUUGCGCCUGUGUUACGAUUUAUCACACCUGGUGGAAAAGUUUGAGCCAUUACAGCAUUAACUGACACAUUUUGAAAAAUAUUUUAGUUACCGGUAUUUAAAGAAACCAGAACCAAAGAGAGAAAAGAAAAGUCUAUGUGGAUGAUCUUCUCUUUUUUUAGUAGGGAAGUCAGUGUUCAGUAGGUUUUUCAAGAUUAGGGAUUCGUACAGUCUUUGGAAGUCUUCGAAACGUCUUCGGACAUCUUCGGAUGUUAUCGGACCCUAUGAAAAAUCUUGGCACUCUUAAGAUAAAAAAUGUAUAUGCCUAUAAAUGUAAAAAAGUUGGCAGGUAUACGAGUGCACUCAAAUUUUUUUGUACAUGCUCAUUGUGCAAGUCAAAAUGAGCACUGCACAGAGCUUAACAUCUUUUUGCAAUAGAAUGACACUGAGAAGUUGUAUAUUAUCCAGUAGUUCAGUUUGCUCAUGGUGCACAUAGCAAAUAGCUCUAGAAUAGGCCAAUAAAAGCCAGUGAUAAGGAUUAUGGGAUAUUUGGAAAAAUAUUUUGGAAACUCCAUGGGGAUUGUAAGCUCAGAAUAAAACUUCUGCCAAGCUGUAUAAAACCUAAUCAUCAGAGAUCCAGUUGAAUCUCUACUAACAACCACCUCUCCACUAUAACAGUCCCAGGGGACAGUGCACAAAUUGACUCUCGUUUAAACCUUUCUACAAUGGCAAUGGCCACUAAAGCACAUCCCCAACUGCCUAAAUAACUUUUCGAUAAUUGCCAGUUUUUUCAUAACCUGCAGUGCAGGUGUAUUUUGGGCGGGCGAAAUCUGCUUGUUUAUGUUUGUACUGUUGUAACCGCCAUCUUUGUUAUGACGAAGGAAGAUUAGGGAGAGUACAAAUAGUAACCCUAAGGGUAGGUGUCAGGGCGAAAAAAGGAAAGAGGGGAGGGGAGAAAAACUAUGGCUGCCCGAUAUCACUGUUCUUUUGGGAAACUCCGUAUGCUGGCAAAUGGAGCCCCUGAUUGGUGCGGCUUUGGGGAAGUAGAUUGAUGCCUGUCAAUCAAAUGUAAGUCUAUAUUGUUUAUUCCAUUUUUGUUUACAUGCAACUGCGGGAAAGAAUUAUUCUGAAUUCAGAAAUGGCGGACGCUAGAGUGAUUUUUAACACUGCUGUCGAAACAAGUCUUUUGGAAUUGGAGUGGCUGGGAAUGUCGUGUGUGUUAGGCAAUGAGAAAGUCAAAACAAUUUCUACACUGGCAUCAGGACAAGAUUUGCUUGCAGUGCUAAAAUGCUACACCACUUUAAUUACCUCAUGCCAAAAUGCUGCUUGUUCCAAUACGUUUUUUUUCUCUGGCAGGUAGAUUAUGCUCUGGAGGGUUCUAUGUUUUGAUUAAGCAAGUGUGAUUUUACCCGUUUGUUUAAUGCUGAGAGGUCAUGACACGCUUAUUGAUUUCCUGUGGUUUUUGAAUUUCUGGUCGGCAUAAGUUGCCCUCUGAUGCAAGAGCAUUUUCUUUGACCUCUUUCGAAGCGUAACGAUCUUUCUUGUGGCUCAACAAGGCUUUUAGGUCCUUUAUUUUUGUCCAAAGUGUCUCCAGAUCAGAAUAACUAAGCGAUUUUCUUCUAGUCUGUGAAUGUGAUGUUUUCCUGAAGUUGUAUCACGCUAGGCCCAGCGGUUUUUUUUUUGGCAAAACCAUUUUCUUGGACCUCUUUUGAGGUCAAGAUAAGGCUAAAUAAGGCUUUUAGGUUUUUUAAUUUUCUCCAAAAGAGAAGAGGAGAGAGACUUUCUUGAUUUAGUAGCCAACGUGGAACCUUCGAUCGAGGGUGACUUAGCUGCCCGCGCAUUAACAUGGACGGAUUUUGAUUUUCUCCAUGCUGGGCUUGCUUUGUCCGACAUGUCAAGAGUAUGUUUGGUGCUCUUAACUGGGCUACUUGCCGUGGAUGUAAUUGCAGCUUUAAUGAACUGGUAAAACUUGCCCAAGUUAUGAAUGUUGCGGCCACAUGGGUUACAGAACCGAUCAGAAUAUUGCAUGAAAUGAACAAAAUAAUGGCAAUCCAACUUCUUUACAAAUUUCAGCUAAAACAACCCCAAAGCAAUCCUUUCGUUUUGACGGCCUGAACAGAUUUUCUGAAGAAGGAUGGCCUUGCUUUCCAAGAUUUCUUCCAAAUUUAACUUUAAACGAAAUCGUACAUAACCUUCAAUAAUCACUGACACUAGAAUCAGAUGACAAUACUCUCUUCCCGUAAACAACUAGCAGCUUACAUAAUGUACACUACAGAUGUGUUUAUUUUUAUUUUAUCAGAAGUGAAGGGAGCUUCCGGUGCAAUAGUUCUUCGGUGUUGAUUGGUCGGCUACUCAUUUCCGGAACAGUGGUCGCGCGCGACUAAUUAGGGGGUGUUUCUCAUUUUUACAGUGUUUUCGGGCAGGCAUUUUCUCUUCUCUCUCCCUGCCCCCUACCCCACUCCUUUUGACUCACCCCAUUUUCUCUCCUUUUUUCGAGUUUCAACAGGCGCUUUCGCCUGCCCGAAGAAAACGCCUGCACUGCAGGGUAGUUUUUUCAGUGACUGAUAAAAAGCCAAAAGUGAUCACAAAAUUUGAUUCGUGUGGUACACACUGCAAUACUUACAGUGAACGCUGUGAACCUUAUAUGUUAAAUGUCUUGUUAACAUGUUGGUUCAAAACAUUAUAUAAGUUUUGUGUAUUUUAUCCAUUUAAUUAUAUUUCUAAAUAUAGUUGGAUUUCCAUAAUUUAUGGGCUACAGUAAGUAUGAAGUUGGUGCAAAGACCUGUUGUAAUCCCUGCAGCAAAAAGCAGGUGUCAUAUGAUGCCCCUACCCCCCCCAUAAUGGCCACCUCUCACCAACAGCCACUUUCUUCUAUCCCCAAGGUGGCCAUUGUGGCAAAAGUUCAACUCUAACUGCUAAAAUUAAUGUCCCAGUAGGCAAACAAAAGCUGCUUGUUUAUGCUUGUAAUACCGCAGCCGCCAUCUUUAUGGAACAUUGGGGAUGGUUGAAAUAUCAACCCUCAGUGACUGUACUAGGCAUUAGGUUAAAAGAGGGGGAGAGGAGAAAAAAAUAUGCUUGCCUCAAUUCUCAUUGUUCGGUUGGGAUUAUGCUGGAAAAUGGAGCCUUUGAUUGUUGUGGUGUAGCACUAUACAUGGCUAACAGAUCGAUACCUGUCAGUUUUAUUGUAAGUUGAUAGAUCUCUUUUGUUUGAGAUGUAGGGACAGACAGAGGCAGCCGUAUAGCUUUCCAUUUUGCUAGUGAUGACUGUUAUAUUAUCUAGAAAUGUUGCAUAGUUCGUCUGUGACAUUUCAACGGCCCCAAUGUCUGGCCUUAAAAUAAACAGUUUUACUGGAGGAUGGAUGUCAUAAAUUAGCAGUUAUGUCUGAUAGUGAGAUCAUGCUGUUGGUCCCAUUUCAGUGCAGUAAUAUGAGUGUCAUGUUACCAUACUGUUUAUAAGCAUUAUUUUAUUGCAUUAAUGGUAAUUAAAACUGAGUGAGAACAUUCAUCAAAGAUAGAAGUGUAGCAGGAAGCAUAGCUAAUUAUGUAUGCUUUUACCCCAUUGCAUACCUGAAAAGAAUGUGGUCAGAGGUUAAUGAAAACAAGACAAAUGUGGCUAUAAAAUGGCUAUUGGGUUGGAGAAUAUACCUGCUUUUAUUCCCCUUAAUUUGGAAUUCUGUAAGUAUUCAGUCACACAGCAUUAACACCAUUGCACACAGUUUUACUACUUAUAGUCCUGAAACUCCGACCAGCAAACUGGUAUUAACACCUGCACAAACAGUUAAAAAAGGGCAAAAGUCAGACAAACAUCUUAGGUUAAUCUAAUGUUGUUUGGUUAGAAAAUUUGUUAGCAUUGUUUCUUGUUCUAAUAUCUUUUCAGGCUGGUUUAUUGUUUGGAAAAUGUUCCUUAUCCGCUUCUCUUUCAUUCGGGAGUUAGUGUAUGGUGGUGGCAAUGACAAGUCAAGUAACAACACUGUUCCAGCCACUCCAUUAAGAAGAUCAUCACGUAUCAGAGAUCUGAGAUCCAGGAAAUUAAAAACUGAUGAUUAACAUCAUUGGUAUCAAAGAAGAUCUGUAUUUACAAUCUCUUUUCUGCAGUACUUAUUCUUUCCAGCCGUACAUAGUAACAUUUUCUGGUGUCAAGACAAGUAACAUGGAUGACUGUGUAUGAACUUGACCUCUUCAAAAAGACAUGUAAUAGGAAGAAAGAAAUUGCUUAACCAAACCUACUCCGAACAAAAAGGACCCAAGUUGUAACAUUUUAUUCCACUUUUAACGAUGUAUUUAUUGUAUUUAAAUAUUGUAGUUAGUGUCAUUAAUAAACUUAGGGAUAUUAGACAUUCAAAGGAAUGUUAAAGAAGUGAACAUAUAUAUGUUCAAUAUUUUAAAAAUAUAAAGUACAAGCAAGAAUUUGCACUAUUAGCACAGAAAAGCAAAGUCUCCUGUU